AUGUCAACAACCUUGAAAACGUUAGCUAAUUUAACUCAUAAAUUACGAUUUAGAGGUUCAAUUUCAUAUAAAAAUAAGAAACAAAAUGAAAUUAUCAGGAAAUUAGUCAUUACUAAUAACCUCAAAGCAACUUUUAGAAAAGAUAAAGGGAAUGUAUCCCAUUUAUUUUUUGUUAACAGAAAGGAAGAAAAUAUAAAAUUACAUGAUCUAGUAGUGAUUAAUUCAACGAAUGGUACCUUAGUUAAAGAUAAUGUUUUGAUUUCACUUGUUCAAAAUGAUAGUCUUCAGAUGAGAGAAAUUCAGGUCUGGGAACAUUUUUAUAAUUUAACUUCUCAAGAGUUUUCUGAUAAAAUUGAUAAAUUAAAUAUUACGGACAAUUUAGCUUUUUCAGAUGAAUUUAAAUUAAUGCUUCGUGGAUCUCGUGAUGGGUUUGCGACUAGUAAAUUUUAUGAAAUUUAUGAUAACCAACCUCGUAUUAUAACAAUUGUUAAAAGUGCUGUUAUUAGUGGUUAUGGUAAAACCAGAGAGAGUUUUCUAUUCUCCUUUAAAAAUUGUGUUAGUAUUGAUAAUUAUAUUUUAAGUCGUGUAAAGAAUGAAAAUAAUGCUAUAUGGAAUAGUUGCUAUUACGGUCCAUAUUUUGGCAGUUAUGACUUUGCUUUAUAUGGAAACGAUUUUUAUAAUGAAAGUUAUUGUAGAAAAAGUGCUUAUGAAGACCCAAUCAGAAAAACUGAAGAUACGUUUUCUAUUGAAGAAUAUAAAGUAUUUCAAAUUAUAAAAAAUUAG